AAUCUAUACAAGGCUCCCAAGAGGAAAGGAAGUUACCACCCCUAGUGGCAUGACACCUAUGGCCCACUGAAUCUGGGUCAAAGCAGCAUCUCACACCGGGGUCUCAUUGUAUUGCGAGCAGUGGCACCAAAGCCACAAAGAAAGAGGGAGCAACAGAAAACGACCAGGGGGGGAAAGUACUGGAAAAUCAGGAGUGUGUGCCCAGCUGGUUAAGGGCAGAAGGCACAAACCACACAAUACAGAACUAACAGCACAAGCAGUGGCUGCUGUGGAAGGAGAAACUCCUAGGGAGGAAAAAUCGAAAGUUGGAAAGGUAGUUUUUUGGAAGAGACUUCCCAAUUAUCUCCUGAAAUGUGGAGACAGGGACGGCGGUGUUAUCAGCAGCUGUCUCUGCAACUAGGAUAUACCAAACAAUGGCCCAACAUGGGAAGAAGGGACCAAAAUGGUGAAAGAAGUGAUCCAGGAGUGUCUCAUGGUAGCCAUCAUGAUACCAAAGUGAAGAAGCCCAAAGCUUGUCACUUUUCCGAACGGAAGAACGGUACGCUCUCUGGGAAUGGUAGACCAUGGAAGAAAAGGGGAGGCUAUUGGAAGAAGAAAAGAUCACCUAAGAAGGAGAAAGCAAAGCAUUGGUGUGCAAGUCACCAGUGGAAAUCCAGAUGUUGUAGGAUUGGGAGAAGUCACCGCCGUAAUCGGAAGCGGAAGAGUCAGCGUUUGUUAGCAUUUAUGCAUGCAGCUGUAAAGGGGAGACUGCGCCCCAUGAAUCUGUGUGGAUGGAGGGCACCAGGAAUGCGUGCCCCUAGGAACACAACACAGUUUAUCAUGCAUCAGGUGUACCAAGACAUGCGCCAGGAGGAGAAAAGGGCAGCGGCGGAAAAAGCAGCUGCUGCAGACAAAAGAGAAGAAGAGAAAUCAGAACAACAGCAAUCCACAGGAGAGAAUGAUUGUGACAUGGUAUUUCCAAAUGCCAGUUGCAUGGCCACCAUUUCGGCUAUGAGCCCACAGAUAAAUAUUUUCAUGGGAGAUGAGGAAGUUGGAGAAGAUGAGAGUAGUCAGAAAAACCAAAUAUAUGAAGAUAUAGGUCUGGAAUCUCACCUGAGUAUUUCCUGUGAGCCAUAAAAAUACAAUUACUGGACUAUGCGUUUGUAUUCCUCGAUAGUUCAGAAUAGAUCUUGAUCUCCAGAUUCUUAAAUAAAUGUAUAUUCUGCUCUCUC